AUGCUGUCAUGGUUAGUCAAAAAUCCCCAAACUUUCUAUGGUUUCACUCAGCCCAUCUCUGGAGAGGCGGGACUGAUUGACUGUUAGUUCUUAUUUAGAUUUAAUAUACAUAUGGGAAUUUUUAAGUAAGAACCACAAUCUGGAGUGAAAGGAAAACUAAGAGUUUAUAACUCUACUAGGACCGUGGCGGACCAUGAUGUCUGAACCGACAGAGGCAUUCACAUGAGGGAGCCAAAGUGAAAGCAGACUUUCUGAGGCUCAGUCCAUUUACAGCUGCCAUGUGGAGCAGAAGGACGGACGCUGCAGCCUGACACAGGGUGAGUGAAAGCUUCGUUCUGCUCCUUAGAAGAACCGGAUCCUUAGGCUUGAAUUCAGCUCACUGCCUGUCUGUGUGGAGACUGGCUGACUCCAAGCUGAACAUCUCUUCAUGGCGCCGCGGAGCACAUGCAUGCUCACCCUGCAGCUUCACACAAUUAUUAGGACUAUCAGAAAAACAGGUGUCUCAAUGACGAACUUUCAGUUUCUUAACUUUGUCACCUUGAGUCUGAAAUCUUAUUUUUUAAAGAUUGUUGAGGUUCUGAAUUGAUGCAGCCUUACUUUUGUGUCGUAGCUUUGCCUGCUGGGUUGUUGUAUUUGCACACACCUUACAGCUGCCUGACGGUCAUAAAUCAAGGAACACGUGUGAGCUUCUUUGUGCUCUGCUUAAGCCUGGAGAAGGGAGUCUGCCUUUCUGACUCUUCAGAGGAUGAGUGCCUUCAAGAAGGAAGCAGGGAGUCUGCACUGUGGCCACUCACGACCUCCUGACCUCACUGAUGAACUUGGAUCUUCAGACAGAAAAAGGAGGAAGAGGAGCUGUGACUGUGAGAAGGAGGACCUGAUUGAGCAAGCCAUCCCCACCAAACACCAAACACACUUCAGACAAGGCAUCGCCUCACACUGGGAGCAGUCUGCUCCAUCGGGACUCUGCCCCAAAGAAUCCAGAGCUGAAAUGAAGGCGGCCAAAGGCGGAGCAGAGGAGGGUCAGGAGAGUGUUUCAGAUGAACGCCACACGGGCCUGAUGGCUGAUGGAGCAGAAGCUGAAAGUCUGAUCUCCAGUGAGCCUGGGAGAGACACAACCUCAGUGCCCAGGAUUGAGGUGGAGGAGGACAGCAUUGCCGUGGUUGGAAUGGGCUGCAACUUUCCCGGAGGAGAAGGGAUGGAAAACUUCUGGAAGGUUCUGGCGGAAGGCAGAAACUGCUCGGCCACAGUUCCCAAAGACAGAUUUGACUUAGCGGGCUGGUAUGACCCUGAUGGCACCAAAGUGGGCAAAUCCUGCACAGAGAAGGCUGCUCUUGUUGACGGGUUUAAUGAUUUUGACAACAAAUACUUUGACAUCAGCGACACUGAGGCGGAACAAAUGGACCCUCAACAAAAACAACUUCUUCAGUGCGUCUACAGGGCGUUGGAAGAUGCUGGUCUUCCGAUGGAGAAAGCCAGUGGGACCAGGACAGGAGUGUUUUUUGGCAUCAUGAACAGAGAUUAUGAAAGCAAUGGGGGAAAUAUCCACCCAAGUCUGAUAAACCACUACACAGGCACUGGGCUUGCCAUGAGCAUCGCUGCAAACAGAGUAUCCUACAGCUUUAAUUUCACCGGACCUUCUCUGACCUUAGACACUGCCUGCUCAUCUUCUCUUGUGGCUCUUCAUCUUGCUUGUCAGUCCAUUAGACAAGGUGACUGUGAAAUGGCUGUUUGUGGAGGAGUGAACUUCAUCACAGAGCCAAGGGUGUUUGUAGUGCUCAGCAGAGCCAAAAUGAUUUCCCCUGAAGGGACCAGCAAGCCUUUUUCCAGCCAAGCAAAUGGCUACGGCAGAGGGGAGGGCUGUGGGGUGGUUCUCCUGAAACCCCUGAAAAAGGCUCUGGAGGACCAUGACAACAUAUGGGGCAUUGUCAGCAAAACUGCGGUCAACCAAGAUGGACGUACAGUCUCCCCAAUUACCAAACCCUCCAUGACACAGCAAGAAGAGCUACUGCGUAAAAUCUACUCAGACUCUGACAUUGCUAAUGUCCAGUAUGUAGAAGCUCAUGGAACUGGUACACCAGUUGGAGACCCAACAGAGGCCCAAAGCAUAUCUAAUGUGAUUGCUAAAGCCAGACCUUGCGGUUCAGAAGCUUUGUGGAUUGGAUCUGUGAAAGGGAACAUUGGACAUACAGAGUCUGCAGCUGGAAUAGCGGGGGUCAUUAAGGUUAUGCUAAUGAUGAAGCAUGAAACCAUUGUUCCUUCUGUUUUUUACUCUGAUGAGAAUUGUUGUGUUGAUACUAAGUCCCUGAACAUAAACAUUCCCGAGAAAACAGAGCGAUGGGAAUCUUCCAGGGAAAGAAUUGCAGGUGUGAACAACUUUGGCUUUGGUGGAACAAAUGCACAUGCUAUUAUCAAGCAACACAUCCAGUGCUCUUUUAAGCAAAAGUGUAAUGAGAGACCUAUGAAAUUCUUUGUCAUGUCAGCCGGUUCGUCAAAGUCUCUUGCACUGAUGAUUGAAGACACUAUUAGACAGCUUGAUGCCCACAAAGAAACUGAUCUAGAUUCUCUGUUGUACACAUCAGCUUGCAGACGAAGCCACCAAAAACACAAAUACAGAAAGGCUAUUGUGAUGUCAUCUGUUGCUGAACUGAAGGAGAAGUUGUGUGCCAGUGUAGGCCAAAAUGUCAGGCCAGCCCUGUCAGAUCCAAGACUGGUUUUUGUGUACUGUGGAAAUGGUGUCAACUACCAUGGUAUGUGCAAGCAGCUUUUGAAAAGUGAGCCUGUGUUCAGAGAAAGCAUUGAAGAGAUAACUAAACUCUUCCUGGUUUUCAGCUCUCUAAACAUACUGGACACACUUGAGAGUGAUUUUCAAAGUAGUGGCUUUAAAAACCCUGAUGUUGUUCAACCACUACUUUUUGCCAUCCAGGUUGGCAUCACCACCCUGCUCAGGUGUUGGGGGGUCAAGCCUGACGCUGUGCUUGGACACUCUGUGGGUGAAGUUGCAGCGGCUCACUGCUCUGGACUCUUGUCUCUAGAGGAUGCCGUAAAGGUCAUUUACUUUCGCAGCUCAAUGCAAAACAAAGUCAAUGGGGGAAAGAUGCUUGUGAUCAGCAACAUGGCGGUCUCAGAGGUGACGUCUUUGAUCUCUCAGUUCCCUGGGAGAGUGAGUUUUGCUGCUUUCAACAGCCCACAGUCCUGCACCCUUUCAGGUGAUGCAGAUGCAAUUGAAAGCAUCCACAGGGAGCUAAGCAACUCAGAUAGAAGCAGAACGUUGUUCCUUCGUUUUCUAGAUGUCCCUUCUGCUUACCAUAGCCACAUGAUGGAUCCAAUCCUGCCAGGAAUCAGGGAAAAAAUUCCUUUCCUCCAAACUGGUAUCCUUGAAACAGAGCUGUACUCAACAGUGUCAGGGAAAGAAGUACAGCAGGGAGACUUCUGCACAGGUGAAUACUGGGCAAGAAACAUUCGUGAACCUGUUGCUUUUGAGCAGACAUUAAAGGUGGCAGUGAAAGAAAACAGAAACACAGUCUUUCUAGAGGUAGGACCAAGAAAGGCACUGCAGAGAAACAUUAUGGAAACUCUGGGGGACAACACAGCUGUUCUAGCUUCAAUAGAACCACAGAGAGAACUAGAAUCAACAACUUCUGUGUUGUCUAAACUGUUUGAACUAGGCGUUGCAGUAGAUUGGAACAGUUUUUACAGAGGCUAUGAGACGAUACCGCUGCCAUUCCCAAGAUAUCACUUUGACUGUUCAGACAGAGAUGUUGUCAUUGCAGCAGCAAAGAAUAACAAAGGCAGCUCUCACCCUGUGCUAUGUCAGACGGGAAGCGAAGAGAACCUUUUCAUCUGUGACCUCACAUCUGAUACUACUUCCUACUUAAAAGAGCACAGGCACAAUGAUGUUCCCAUAAUUCCCGGAGCAUUCUACAUCGACUUGGUUUUAGCUGCAUUCUUGGCAAUCUCUAGACCAAAGGUACCCCUCAACUCACUGCAGAUCUGUGUCAGCUUUCACAAACCAUAUUUAUUAACACAAAAUUCUCCCAAAAUGAAGGUGCAACUGACACAAAAGGAGAAUGAGACCAGCUUCACUGUUUUCUCCUCAUCCACAGAGUAUGCUUCAGGCUCAGUGGUUUCAAAACUAGAAGACCUGAUUGAAGAGCCGUGGAUUUCACUCAGCGCUAUCCGCAAACGAUGCACAUCUGUACUGAACUUUCAACAGUUUUAUUCAUAUCUGUCUGAGCAAGGCUUCCAGUAUGGAGAUGUCUUUCAGAAUAAGGCAGAUGUUCACCAUGGGAGGGAUCUGAUGGAGGCUUUUGCAACUGUAUCAAUUCCAGAGGAACUACAGCCACAUUUGCAUGAAUGCUUCAUUCACCCUGUACUGUUGGAUUAUCUGAUGCAGCUUCUCCCUGUCACAGUGAAGCACAUCACAACUGACAGAGUUGGAUUUCCUGCCAAAGUAGGAAGUCUAACAGUGUUUCAACCUUUACAAAAGGAGAUGAUCAUCUAUUUGCGGGCAACUCAUGUGGGAAUUGACCACUUUGAGGUUUGUGGAUGCUUUGCUGACAUGAAAGGAAACGUGCUGGUAGAGGCCAAAGAUGUGAUGUUCAAGGACCUCAGCAACUACUCACACAUUGAAGAGUACUUUUACCACAACUCUUUCACUAUUGUCCCAGAAGGUUCUACUGCUUCUCCUCCUCCAAAGGCUUUGGUCUUUUCAGAUGAAUUAGGGAUCUCAGAGGGUCUGAAACAACAUUUGGACCAAGAGUCUAGAUAUGUUUCCAUCACACAUGCAAAUCACAUCGUGAAUGAUGGAUUUUUGUCACUUUUGGCAAAUCUCAGUAUUACAGAUAUUGAGAAAAACUUUGAUGAGGCAUUGUUCCUAUGGUACACAGAAGACCUCACAUCAUUGCCACCUGAUUGCCACCUCCUGCAAAAUCUGCCGAACUGCUGUGAUGUUUUUCGCCAAAUAGUUGUUGAGCUGAGGAAGUUUAAAUUCCCCCAUGCAAUCAGAGUGGUGACUUACCGUUCAUCUGACAUUACUGUAGAUCGCAUAAGUCCAGGUUUCGUUUUUGCUGGUUUGACCAGAUCCUUUGCUGCAGAGAUGUCAGAUCUUUCAUUUCAACUCAUCGACAUGGGCAUGAUUUCCCCAGAGAACAUUACUGCUCUCUCUGAGGUCCUAAGAAAAUAUCCUUGCAAGAAGUUCCCAGAGUUAGUGGUAAAAGAUGGGAAAAUCCUAAGACCAUCCAUUGUCCACUCUCCUCUAGAUUUCACUGACGGAGCAGAGGGAAGUUGCAUCUCUGCAAAUUCUGAGCCUUUCAUUCUCCAGACCAACAAUGGCUAUAGAGUGACUCAGCUAAGUGCUCUUCACUUUGAAAAGGACCCUGGACCAAUCUGCAACACAUUUGUUGAAAUCAAGCUCAGUAAAACCUGUGUUCAUUCAUCUGAUUACUUUCCUGUCAGUGAGUCACAUUUGAAAAGUGGCCAGACUCUUUACUGGAACAAGCACUCAUCUCAAAAACACAAGCUGUUGGCCCUUGACUUUAGUGGAAUCAUCACAGCAGUUGGAAAGGAUGUAACAAAACUUAAAGUGGGGGAUCACAUUGCCUCUUGCUAUCCAGUGGUUGCAGCUGAUAAGGUCAGAGUUCCUGAGACUGUUUGCUUCAACACUGAGACUCUUCCAUUUCUGUGUGAGACACCAUGUGUUUCUUUCUUUGUGCUUGCAUGGCACAUCCUCCAUCCACUCUUGAACAGAUCAAAACUGAAUCUGGGGAUCUUGUGUGCUAAACCGCAGGCUGCUCUUGUGGACGUCUUGACACAGAUCGCUACCAAAUUGGGCUGGAAUGUAAUUGUCAGCACACAUCAUGAAAACUCUUUUGACAGUCAGUUGGAUGUUCUUGUCAUUGUGCCACCCUUUGACGAAACCAUGACUGCUAGAAUAGCUGACCUUUCUGGACUUCAAGUUGUUGUACUUCUCUGUGAAUCUCAAGUUAAAAGUGCUUUGGUUCAGGAUUUUUUCCAAAGUGUAAAGGACAGUGUUUAUGUGCAGACUGUUCAGAUGCAAGAAGUUCUGCAAAAAGGACAGCUGAGUGCACAAGGGCCGCAUGUUCUUCAGUGGCUGAAGUCCCUCAGCUUGGAGAAGUGUGCUCCUGAAAUGAUCCCUUUUCAAAAUGUAAAAUCUGAAGCCAUAAGCACCCAUUCAGAGGCCUCCUACGUCAGCUCAAAGAAACUGUCUGUGGUGUCUCUGCAGGAAGAUGUGGAUGGGAACACCUCUGACAUUCCACUGCUGCCAACAAAGAAGCAGUUUUUCAAAGAAAGAGCAGUUUACAUCGUCACCGGGGGUGUCUCUGGUCUAGGCUUUGAAACAGUCAAAUUUAUUUCACAGAGAGGGGGGGGCAACAUUGUCAGUCUGUCCAGAAGCAAGCCCUCAGCAGAGGUGCAGCAGAAAAUGUAUGCUCUGGAGAAGGAGCAUGGAAACUGCAUCGCUAGCAUGCAGUGUGAUGUUUCAGUCUUUGAGAAUUUGCACAUGGUGAUCACCGCCAUUGGACAGAAGUUCCCUGGCUGUCCUAUCAGAGGAGUGUUUCAUAGUGCAGUUGUCCUGCAUGAUGGGAUCGUGGAGGCUCUUAACAGAUCUCUUUAUGAGAAGGUUUUCAAACCUAAAGUGAAUGGGGUGUUGAAUUUACACCAUGCCACACAGCACUGUCCACUGGACUACUUUGUGUGUUACUCUUCCAUUUCUGCUUUCCUGGGAAACCCAUCACAAUCAAACUAUGCAGCAGCCAACUCUUUCCUCGACAUGUUCUGCCAUUACAGGCGUCAACUUGGGCUGCCAGGACAAUCCAUCAGCUGGGGGGCACUGAAAUUGGGACUGCUCCACAAUAAGGAGCAUUUGCAGCACAUUUUGGAAGUUUUCGGCAUCAUGGGGCUUGAACUGGCUGAAAUUCGAAAAAGUUUAGAGCAGUGCCUCAUACUCAACCGACCCCAGCAGGCUGUUUGCAGGUUUAACUUCAAAAACAUCAGCUACAACGUCUUCUCCCACAAUAGCUCCUUGACCAUGCGCCUGUACGCCUUAGUCGAGGAAGCUGUUCGGAAAUCCAGACAGGGAUUUUUUCAGACCAAACAAACCAACUUGAUCCCACCAAGAGAGUACAUCACAACUCUGCUCAGUGAGACUCUUGGCUUGGACAAAAGUGAGGUGAGAGAUGAGUCUUUUCUUUCAGCCUUAGGCAUGGACUCCAUGCAGGCCAUGACUGUACAGAACCUGAUCCUGCAAGAGAGGAGUGUCAGUCUCCCUUUAGUGAAACUUUUGGAUCCCACUGCCACACUCUCAACUCUGGUAGCUUCUUUAACAGAGUCAGAAAUGUAGUGUCAAGCAGUCAUCAUCAAAUGUGGGACACUUGAAGAAAAGUGUAUGUGUCUGUUUUAGUCAGUUGAGGGUCAGUGGGUGGGAGUGAGCAUUUUUGCUGCAGAUGUCAAAAUUCCUUGAGAGAAAAAACAGAUUAAAAAUCUAACAACAAAAAACAAUACAAAAAACUGAGGAACCAUAUUACUGAACUAAGGGUUGUACAGUGGUGUCUCUGUUGUUCCUGGUUUAAAUCCUGACAGGAUCCUUGCUGUGUGAUGCUUGCACGUCUUCCCUGUGCAGAUGAGUUUUAUUUAACAGAUGCACGUCUUACUGAUUAUCCCACAUGAAGUUGCUGUCGUUGUCUGCUGAUGAUCUGAUGAUGGACAAACAAGAACAUGCACUUUCUGCUACUAAAUGACAGUAGAGCACCACUAACACAAUGUGCUUUAUGAGCAAAAGACAUCAUUCAAAGUUACCUUGAAUAGAGAAAGUUGGUCUUGUAAGUUAGAUUUCUGUUUCUCAGAGGGCUGUUACCAACCAAGUACCCACAUUCCAAUCCCUAACUUGGUUGAAAUUAGGAAGUGCCAAAGUGCCCUAAAAGACCAGUAGAGACAGGGUGCGAUUGGGAGCAAUCCCCUCAUUGACCCCUGUGUCCAACUUUACAGCAAAAGUAUUUAGCUGCAUGGCUUCAGUGAUCUUUUGAUAAAUGUUUUUCAUGAGGACUCUGGGAUGGGAGCAAAUCUGUCAUAUUAAUUGUAUUAGAACUUCAAUGUGUCUAGAUUUAGGGUUCUGUUUUUUUCAUCCCACCAAACAGCCGUUUUUUAUUUUGUUGUUGAGUUGGGUGGAGCAAAUGCCAGUUUUUUCUGCACAGAAUCUAUUUGGGUGACAUCAGAGAUCAUGCGUUUAGCGCCCUGUUUUUCAACCAGAGUGCCACAGUUAACUAAAGUAAAAUGAAAAAUCAUCAGGUGUGCCAUGGGAAAUGAUUCACCAGAUCAGACCUCAAGACACGUUGAUAAGAAUGACUUUAUAUUUUUGUUGUUGUGUUUUUAACAUUUUCGGUUGGUGGUGUGCCUUUUUGGUGUUUAACAAGGAAAAAAUGUAACUUGCCUCAAAACAGGUUUGGCAAAAUUGUGCUCAGAAAGUGAAAGUUGUGACCAACAAGAUUCUACACCAAAGGGAAUCCCUCCAGGAGGCUUUUAUUAUGGAGAAAAUGUGCAUUUCAAUGUUCUGCCAAAGCCAUAUUAAGACAAACAAGAAAUAAAAGUCUGCUUGGUGGAGCGUAGGUGAAGGUCUGUUGGGGGGGGUUCAUGGGGUGGCAACCUCAGAGGUGGCCUGCAAAAAUCAGGAUCACAGAAGUUUAGUCAUGUUGAAUUUGAAGGAGAAACGAUGGCAAGGCAGCUUCAGCCAGAAGCUGCAGGUCAUCAGCCUCUCUCUUGGUCUACAGACGUUUGCUGCCAUUCAGAUUUCAGGCAUGGUGACAUUUGUUAAUUGUAGUUGUUGAUCAACAAAUGAGAGGAAAUCUGAAGCAUUUGCAGCCAGUUGUGGCAAUUUUUUCAAAUUUAAGAUGUAGAGUUAAAGGGAAACAUGCAGAAUCUCAGAAAGUGAAAGUUGUGACCAACAAGAUUCUACACCAAAGGGAAUCCCUCCAGGAGGCUUUUAUUAUGGAAAAAUGUGCAUUUCAAUGUUCUGCCAAAGCCAUAUUAAGACAAACAAGAAAUAAAAGUCUGCUUGAUGUUCUGGCCUUUGCUAGAUCCAUCAGUGACAGACAGUGAAUCAAGAAUAAAGAAUCAAGGUUAAGCAAAAUUAUGAUUUAGGUCAGGUUUAAUUACAAUAAAUUAUUAUUAUUAUUAUUACAAUUAAUUAUUUUAUUACAUCAGGUUUAAAUAAGUUCAAUGAAUAUGCUUUAUUCUGCCAAAAAAAAAAGUCUUAUAGUUAUGUUCUGAUAAACUCUUGCAGUGGAAAGUUUUCUAUUCUUUUUCAGGACGAUUCCAGAAUUAAACGGUUAACUUUAUUUUGAAAUGAAAAAAACUGUUUUAUUUUUUCAGUCUUGGUUGUAAUUUUUAUUUUGGAAAAUUUAAGUGACUGAAUAAAUAUAUAUUCUUGUAAAUUAAAAUUGAGUGUUGUCCUUAAUUGCACUUUUGUUUACUUUUAUUCUUCUUUCAGAUGUUUCUUGU